CCAGGGUGGGCCUCACAAUCGCACCAUAGCUGGGUUGGCUGUGGCUCUGAAGCAGUGUGCUACGCCAGAGUACAAGGCUUAUCAGAAGCAGGUGGUUGAAAACUGUGCACGCUUUGCGAAUGUGACCUGGUCUCUGGGGCCACAGACAACCACUUGGUACUUGUCGACCUCAAGAAGAAGGGAGUUGAUGGCUCAAGAGGGGAGCGAGUGAUGGAAUCGGCCCACAUUGCUGCCAACAAGAACACGGUCCCUGGCGAUGUGAGCACUAUGGUACCUGGAGGUAUCCGAAUGGGCACACCAGCACUAACAAGUCGAGGAUUUACCGAGGUAGACUUCGAGAAGGUUGCUGAGUUCUUUGCCAAAUCUGUGCAGAUCACAAUCAAGGUCGAAGAGCAGACAGGUGCAAAGUUGAAGGAUUUCGGACAUGCCGUGAUUGCGAAGCUGCGGCACGAGGUCAAGGAGUACGCAAAGCAAUUCCCAACAAUUGGCUUUGAGAAGGGCAGCAUGAAGUAUGUCGAUUGAGUGAGAAUGGAUAUACAUAACACGCAAAUAGGUUGUCUUUCAAACAGGGACAAGUGUGAAUGCACCUGGCUGUGUUAACGUUA